AUGGCUUUUCCUGCCUUACUACAAUUCCCUGCCUUCACUCUCCCUUGCCCUCAUCUCUCUCCCUUGCCCUCAUCUCUCUCCCUUGCCCUCAUCUCUCUCCCUUGCCCUCAUCUCUCUCCCUUGCCCUCAUCUCUCUCCCUUGCCCUCAUCUCUCUCCCUUGCCCUCAUCUCUCUCCCUUGCCCUCAUCUCUCUCCCUUGCCCUCAUCACUCUCCCUUGCCCUCAUCACUCUCCCUUGCCCUCAUCUCUCUCCCUUGCCCUCAUCUCUCUCCCUUGCCCUCAUCACUCUCCCUUGCCCUCAUCACUCUCCCUUGCCCUCAUCUCUCUCCCUUGCCCUCAUCACUCUCCCUUGCCCUCAUCACUCUCCCUUGCCCUCAUCUCUCUCCCUUGCCCUCAUCUCUCUCCCUUGCCCUCAUCUCUCUCCCUUGCCCUCAUCACUCUCCCUUGCCCUCAUCACUCUCCCUUGCCCUCAUCUCUCUCCCUUGCCCUCAUCUCUCUCCCUUGCCCUCAUCACUCUCCCUUGCCCUCAUCACUCUCCCUUGCCCUCAUCACUCUCCCUUGCCCUCAUCUCUCUCCCUUGCCCUCAUCACUCUCCCUUGCCCUCAUCACUCUCCCUUGCCCUCAUCUCUCUCCCUUGCCCUCAUCUCUCUCCCUUGCCCUCAUCACUCUCCCUUGCCCUCAUCACUCUCCCUUGCCCUCAUCUCUCUCCCUUGCCCUCAUCUCUCUCCCCUUAGUUGUCUCUCCCUUGCCCUCAUCACUCUCCCUUGCCCUCAUCACUCUCCCUUGCCCUCAUCACUCUCCCUUGCCCUCAUCACUCUCCCUUGCCCUCAUCACUCUCCCUUGCCCUCAUCUCUCUCCCUUGCCCUCAUCACUCUCCCUUGCCCUCAUCACUCUCCCUUGCCCUCAUCUCUCUCCCUUGCCCUCAUCUCUCUCCCUUGCCCUCAUCUCUCUCCCUUGCCCUCAUCUCUCUCCCUUGCCCUCAUCUCUCUCCCUUGCCCUCAUCUCUCUCCCUUGCCCUCAUCACUCUCCCUCGCCCUCAUCUCUCUCCCUUGCCCUCAUCACUCUCCCUUGCCCUCAUCUCUCUCCCUUGCCCUCAUCACUCUCCCUUGCCCUCAUCUCUCUCCCUUGCCCUCAUCUCUCUCCCUUGCCCUCAUCUCUCUCCCUUGCCCUCAUCUCUCUCCCUUGCCCUCAUCUUUCUCCCUUGCCCUCAUCUCUCUCCCUUGCCCUCAUCUCUCUCCCUUGCCCUCAUCUCUCUCCCUUGCCCUCAUCUCUCUCCCUUGCCCUCAUCUCUCUCCCUUGCCCUCAUCACUCUCCCUUGCCCUCAUCACUCUCCCUUGCCCUCAUCUCUCUCCCUUGCCCUCAUCUCUCUCCCUUGCCCUCAUCUCUCUCCCUUGCCCUCAUCUCUCUCCUUUGCCCUCAUCUUUCUCCCUUGCCCUCAUCUCUCUCCCUUGCCCUCAUCUCUCUCCCUUGCCCUCAUCUCUCUCCCUUGCCCUCAUCUCUCUCCCUUGCCCUCAUCUCUCUCCCUUGCCCUCAUCACUCUCCCUUGCCCUCAUCUCUCUCCCUUGCCCUCAUCUCUCUCCCUUGCCCUCAUCUCUCUCCCUUGCCCUCAUCUUUCUCCCUUGCCCUCAUCUCUCUCCCUUGCCCUCAUCUCUCUCCCUUGCCCUCAUCUCUCUCCCUUGCCCUCAUCUCUCUCCCUUGCCCUCAUCUCUCUCCCUUGCCCUCAUCACUCUCCCUUGCCCUCAUCACUCUCCCUUGCCCUCAUCUCUCUCCCUUGCCCUCAUCUCUCUCCCUUGCCCUCAUCUCUCUCCCUUGCCCUCAUCUCUCUCCUUUGCCCUCAUCUUUCUCCCUUGCCCUCAUCUCUCUCCCUUGCCCUCAUCUCUCUCCCUUGCCCUCAUCUCUCUCCCUUGCCCUCAUCUCUCUCCCUUGCCCUCAUCUCUCUCCCUUGCCCUCAUCACUCUCCCUUGCCCUCAUCACUCUCCCUUGCCCUCAUCUCUCUCCCUUGCCCUCAUCACUCUCCCUUGCCCUCAUCUCUCUCCCUUGCCCUCAUCUCUCUCCCUUGCCUUCAUCUCUCUCCCUUGCCCUCAUCUCUCUCCCUUGCCCUCAUCUCUCUCCCUUGCCCUCAUCUCUCUCCCUUGCCCUCAUCUCUCUCCCUUGCCCUCAUCUCUCUCCCUUGCCCUCAUCUCUCUCCCUUGCCCUCAUCUCUCUCCCUUGCCCUCAUCUCUCUCCCUUGCCCUCAUCUCUCUCCCUUGCCCUCAUCUCUCUCCCUUGCCCUCAACUCUCUCCCUUGCCCUCAUCUCUCUCCCUUGCCCUCAUCUCUCUCCCCUGCCCUCUCUCUCCCCUGCAAGCUCCUCGACUCACCUGGAGACUCGACAUGCCUCCAGUGAUGUGCUCCGCCGCCAUCACCUUCACCGCCAUCACCUGCACCUCUCGCACCUGCACCUCUCGCACCUGCACCUCUCGCACCUGCACCUCUCGCCCCUGCACCUCUCGCCACCUGCACCUCUCGCCACCUGCACCUCUCACCCCUGCACUUAAAUGGCUGCAAGCUGAUGAAGCCCGCACCGCAGGCAGUGGGAGAAGUCGGGCGAGAGCUCGCACAAUGGGGCCCGCGCAAUGGGGCUCGCGCAAUGGGGCCCGCGCAAUGGGGCUCGCGCAAUGGGGCUCGCGCAAUGGGGCUCGCGCAAUGGGGCUCGCGCAAUGGGACCCGCGCAAUGGGGCUCGCGCAAUGGGGCUCGCGCAAUGGGGCUCGCGCAAUGGGGCUCGCGCAAUGGGGCUCGCGCAAUGGGGCUCGCGCAAUGGGGCUCGCGCAAUGGGGCUCACGCAAUGGGGGCUGUUGAGCCGCGGGCUGUUGGGCCGCGGGCAGUUGGGGUGGCGGUUGGGCGGUGGGGCGGACGGGGGGAUCGGCGGCGGGGGUCUCACAGCAGUUGCCCAUGCCGCCACGCGCCCCUUUUAA